UUUUGGGGGACAAGUUUUCAUGUAACCCAGGCUGGCCUUGAACUCUCUAACUUGUUAUAUAGCUAAAGAUGACCUCAAACUGCUCUACCCACUAAGUGCUGGGAUUACACAUGUGUGUCAUUGCAGUUAGCUUCUGUCACUUUCUUCUGAUGUAUCAAGAUUCCUGAAUCAAGAUUCCUGCCUGCCUUCUGCCUAAUCUGCCUUUUCCCUAAAGGCUGGAACUGGUCUCAUUCUUGUCUGUCUCAUGCUAGGACACGUUACUUAUUUCAGUCUCCUUGACUGCCCUAGUUCUGAGAAGGAAUUUCAGGGCAGUAGGGUAAACUGACCUCACACUGUGGGCUCUAAAUCAGAACCCAAACAUUCCACUGCUCCAGAUGCUGGGCAGUCAGAUCAGUAUUUCUUUUGUUUGAAAAAGAACUUAUAAUUUUAGAGUGAUGGACAAGGUUCAGAGCUUUUCUAUGUUUUUAUUUUGGUUUUUAUUGGAAUACCUACUUCCUGUCUGUUUGCCUUAUGCAGCUGAGUUAACAAGCUCACCAGGAAGCACACAGUUACAAACACCAAAAGCUCCUAUGGAACAACCCAGAAACAACCUUGCAAUACCUGGACCAGAACACUCAGGACUUCCAAGCACAACACAGAAAAAGGAUACGCUUGAUCCUACAGAGACCACUCAUGUAUUCAUAGCACAUUUUGCAGCCCCCAGUUACAACUCUUGGAGUUCAGAUCAGAGCAUCACUCAACCCUCAUCAGAGAAGCUGCUUGUAAUAGAUGAGAAUAUGGGUGUCUUAGUACUUUUCAAAAUUAGGGAUGCCAUUUGUAAAAGUAUUGCCAGUUUAGUGUUUGGUUCAUUUUUUGUAACAAACUUCUUUCUAUUUCUAGCAAUAAUUCCACGUAGACCUGGUCUUGUUCAUGUAAUUUCACUCUCGAGUAUAGCUUUGCUCAUUGCCCUGAUAUGUGGACUCAUGAUCUCCUAUUCGAUAUAUCGACUGGUAAAGGCUGAGGAAAAACAGCAGCUUGCGAUGUUGUAUGAAAAUGUCGAGAUUCCACUUUUAGAUGAGAAAGAGGCUUCUGAAGAUGAAGGUCAGGAUGAAUCUUCUCUGCUGCAUUCCGAGAACGAGGAGCUGGAGAAAUUCAUUGGCUCAGUUAUUAGAACAAAAAGACGGGAAAAAAUUAUGAAGAAGAAAAGGAAGGAAGAGAAAAAUCUACUGAAGGAAAGUACAUCAGAGAGCUCCAAUUAUACUGAAAAAGUGGAGAGUCAUGACAAAAUGGAGAAGUAUGAAAAAGCAGAGAAUCUGUGAAAACAAAAGAAAGGUGUAGCAUGUGCUAGGCAAUGUGGAGACCAAAUUGCAGAGAUAAAAAGACGACUGAGAACAUGAACAGAACCUACUUCUAGAGAACCUUGUAUAAGAAUAUUCUAGAGAAAGAAAUGUGAGAAGUAUAUAGCAGAAAAUAAAUUCAUAUGAUACAGAAACUCUUACUUUUUAGCUGUAAUAGUACAUGCAUAAUUAUAACUUAAGUGGAAUAUAAAAAAACAGCCCAAGUUCCUUGAUAAUGAAAGACAAAUUGUCAGGAUUUUGUUCUCUCGCUCAAGACCACAAAUAUAUAUUUGUCCUUUUGGGGGAGGCCUCCAGACUG